AUGACGGACGACCCACAAGCGCCCCAGGUACUCAUAGUCGGUGCCGGUCCCACAGGCCUGGUACUCGCGCUCGCACUUCGUCGCAAUGGUGUUCGGGUGCGUUUGAUUGAAAAGGACUUGGCUGCUCGGAUCGGUCAACGAGGUGCAGGCAUAAUGCCCAGAUCUCUCGAGAUAUUCCAUCUUCUUGGUGUCGGGGACCAGAUCGAGAGCCAGGGGAUAUACUCCCCCCGGGUUCGACUGUAUGACAUGCCCGAAGGCACCCAUGCUAUCCAGACUUUCGACAUGCAGCCGUGGAAUGAGCCCACUCCGGCCUGCCCCUAUCUGAACAUUCAACAUCUUGGUCAAGACCGCCUGGAAACCAUUAUUCGCUCGACGCUAGCACAAUUGCAUUGUCACGUCGAGCAAUCAGCCGAACUGAUAGAUUUCGAGCAGUAUCCUGAUCGUGUCUCUGCUCGCAUCAAAACAAAGACUCCCGACGGCCAGCUCCACGAAGAGACAUCAAAUUUCGAUUAUUUGAUCGGUGCUGAUGGUGCACGAGGCGUCGUCCGCAAACUGUUGGGCCUUUCAUUCCUCGGUGAGACCCGGGUUGUCGAGCAUCUUGUGGUAGGAGAUGUCACCGUAGAAGGCCUAACCGAGGAGUAUUGGCAUAUGUGGGGUGAUGCCUCGACCACCCUCGUAAGCCUUCGGCCAACUGAAACACCUACCACAUUCAAUUUCAUGAUCGGUGGCCUUGAUGUCGACCACGACUCUCUUGCACAUUCCAACGAGGCUGUCAUCCGCUUCAUUUAUGCCCACACCGGCAAGAUGCGUGAGCACGGCAUGAACGUCAAAGAAGUAACAUGGCUGUCGCAUUACCGACCAAAUAUACGCAUGGUUGACACAUUUGGCAAGGGCAGAGUGUUCGUCGCGGGAGAUUCUGCACACGUCCAUAGUCCUACUGGUGGCCAGGGCAUGAACACCGGCGUCCAGGACGCCUUCAAUUUGGGUUGGAAGCUUGCUUUAGUUGCUAAUGGACACGCAAAGCCUUCUCUACUGGAUUCUUUUACGGAGGAGCGAUUACCAGUCAUCGCUGACAUGCUCGACCAAACGACCGUGAUCCUCAAGAAAGCUUUUAAUGGUCGGAUACGGUCCGAGGAAGAGAAACAUUGGGUAGAGGUCGUUGAAGUUGAGCAGGAAGAUGCUGAAGGCGAGGUCAAGGUUGCAGGGCCGAGUACGAAAGAGCCGCGACCAAUCGCAGCCAAAGAGGACUCAGAUACGGAGGAUUUAGAAGACGAAGACGAUUGGGAAGACGACGAAGAGCGUGCUGGACGUCAAUGGAAGGAGGAUGAGAAACGCCCAGGAAGUCUCCUCCAAUUAGGCGUCAACUACCGCUGGUCGUCCGUCACCGUCGACGAACAGGAGCAGCAACUCUCGAAGCCAAUAAGCAAGCGCUUAAUUGACUUACCGCCCACACCAACGCGGCACGACUCCUACGGCCGAGGAUUCGAUGGCUGUCUGAAGGCGGGCGAUAGAGCCCCUGACGCGCCUGCGUUACGAGGAAUCCGGCAUACCCGCGGGGAAGCGCAAAAGAGUAUCAACACGCGGCUUUUCCAGGUGUUCGACCCGACGAAGCAUACGGUGCUCCUGUUCACGAGACCAGGGGAGACUAUCGCGAGUUACGCUCCAGUGGUCGAGGCGUUGAAAGCAUAUCCGGCGGAGUUGGUGCGUAUCGCUGCUCUGUACCGGUCGGGUGUGCCGUCGCCGAUUCCUACGCUCGAGGGGAUCGAGUAUUUCCUUGAAGACAUGUCAGGCUUCGCGCGGGACGCGUACGAUGUCAGAGGCGGGUGCAAUGUUAUCGUAGUGCGGCCUGAUGGUGUCGUCGGAGCGGUGGUCAACGGCGUGACAGGACUGAAACGAUAUUUCGACGGCAUCUUCUCAAGAAAAUGA